GUUCGCAAGGUGGAGGGGGUUUCCAAUUGACACGACGCCAUUAACCGUACGUCCAGCGACGCGUGUAUGGCUCUGUUUGUCAGUUCUGCUGUUAUCCCGAGGCGAUUCGAGCAUUCGAAUCUUGGUGACCGUGGCGGCAGUCGAGGCUCGCGAGAGAAAUCCGAUUGAAAUCACCUUUUCUCGUCCGCACCCCCGUGAAAUCUGUAAACAAUGGCGAUCUUGGAAUCCUGUUGGUCGCCGUGCAUCUGGUCGAACAGCAUUAAGACCGGCUGUAAGGCUAUAGCGUUUUACACAGUGGCAAUCAGUAUAGUGUUGAUUACGCUGAUAUGCUAUCAACUGGCUGGUGGCGAUUCUACGCAGCUGUACAACCCGUUAUUCGAAGCCGAUGUAAGAGGAUCUAUGCCAGUUGUCGGAGGCUUUUUCAUCUUCUAUCUGCUCCUGUUGAUCGUAUGCGCUUUGCUAAUGGUGUACGGCAUAAAAGAAGGUGUACGAGGAUGGUUAUUGCCCUGGCUCGUUGGAUGGUUCAUCGUUUGCUUGUUCCAGUUAGUCUUCGGAUUGUGGCUCUUAGGCGGUUAUUAUAUUUACUUGGACUCUGUAUUCGCGACAUUAUGCAAUUGGCUUUGGAUGUCUUACAACAUAUACUGUUGGCUGGUUGUGUUGUCAAUGUACAAAAUAUUUGCGAAGCUGCAGUCUCCAAACAUAGAACUUUUGUGGCCUUGAAGGAAAGUGCAAUGUACAACAGCAAUGCGUAUACAUCUAUUGCCACCAAAGUAAGGAAGAAUCUCCAUUUCCAUUUGCUCGUAAACUCGACGCAAGAAUGCAUGAAUUUGUUAAUAAUAACGUAAAGUUCUCCAUUCGUUUUAAUAUAUAUAUACAUUCGAAAUGUUUCAACAGACGUCUAAGAAAGCGAAUUCGCCUUUUCAUCGAUCUAUAGAUAUUUUUACAAUGUUAGGAUCACUUUACAAUGGAUCUUGAAGAUUUGUAUGACACGUAUUUUUAAUACAAUGUACAUUCGACUGUAUUCAUUUUUAAUAACGCUUUUAAGAAUCUUAUAAAAGAUUUUAGGCUACGUUAAACAAAACUCAAUUAUAUUUUUGUAUUUAUUACGUAUAUGUAACGUUCAAUUAACAUUGAUCAUGUCGUAGCGCCUUUUUACUUAAGUUUCGAUAAUGUAUGUACAACUAGUUACUCGAUGAGAAGGUAAGCUUUUUUUUUAUUUCAUGACGAAAGACUGAGAGAGGCCUUUUGAAAUAUCCGUCCGGAUCAUCAUAAUAAGCUUAGAAUCUCGUUGAACAAAUCAAAAUAAUACUAAUAAGCAUCAUGUUAGUUGAAAUUCGUGUUAGCCUUAGUAGCACAGUGCAUUGAACAAACGUUGGUUAAACUUUGGCCCUAUAUUUGGUUGAAUUGGGCCAACGUUAAGCCAAUGCACUGUGCUACACUAGGGAGGUCUUUUUACAUGGCCACCGUUGUUCUGAGCAUGUUGAGAGAUUAUACAAUUUUUCUACGAACUAUUUUUUCUACAGCAAUAGUCCAAUUAUAUAUUAUAAAUCCUUACUCGACAUAGAAAUAAGCAUCUAUUUAUAUUAUACAAGCAAUUUAUAUUAAGAAUAAAUAAAUAUUCCAUU